ACCUGCCUGAAAACUUGCUGCUGAGAAGGACAUUUUGGAGGUUUUGUUGGCUGGAAGAGGGGUCUCUGGAAUCCCACUUCCAGAUCUUUAUUGAAGAUUGAAAGGAAUUAAUUUAGGGCCAUGGGGACAGCGAAGGUAAGAACGAUACAGUUACUGGUUUUUGCUUGUUUGGGGUACGCUCCGAAAGGCAAGCCUUAAUGGUGAUGGCUGUGCUCUCUUCCUAGCCAUCUUAGAGCCUUUCCAUUUCUUCCCCAGCCUGCAGUGCCACAGUUCCACCAGUUCUCUUUGGAUGUCAUUUCCUAUAAAGGAUUUAUCCCUGUUUGAUUCACCUUCCUGUGGUCACCGCCCCUCUGAUCUUUGCCAUCACGAUUGCUACAAUAGGCUCUUUCCAGUUUGGCUACAACACUGGAGUCAUCAAUGCUCCUGAGGAGAUCAUAAAGGACUAUCUCAAUUACACUUUGCAAGAGAGGUUCAAAAACCCUCCCUCUGAGGUGGUACUCACGUCCCUGUGGUCCUUGUCUGUGGCCAUCUUCUCCGUUGGUGGUAUGGUUGGCUCCUUUUCUGUUGGACUCUUUGUCAACCGGUUUGGCAGGCGCAAUUCAAUGCUUAUUGUCAACCUGUUGGCCAUCACUGGUGGCUGCCUUAUGGGGUUCUGCAAAAUAGCGGAGUCAUUUGAAAUGCUGAUCCUGGGCCGACUGGUUAUUGGCCUCUUCUGUGGACUCUGCACAGGAUUCGUGCCCAUGUACAUUGGAGAGAUAUCUCCCACGGCCCUGCGGGGGGCCUUUGGCACUCUCAACCAGCUGGGCAUCGUUAUUGGGAUUCUGGUGGCCCAGAUCUUUGGUCUAAAAAACAUCUUGGGGACUAAAGAGCUCUGGCCGCUGCUCUUGGGCUUCACCAUCAUCCCAGCCAUCCUCCAAUGUGCUGCCCUUCCAUUUUGCCCUGAAAGUCCUAGAUUCUUGCUCAUUAACAGAAAGGAAGAGGAGAGCGCUAAGGAGAUUCUCCAGCGAUUGUGGGGCACCCAGGAUGUGGCUCAGGACAUCCAGGAGAUGAAAGAUGAGAGUAUAAGGAUGGCACAGGAAAAAAAAGUCACUGUGGUGGAACUCUUCCGAGCCCCCAGCUACCGACAGCCCAUCCUCAUCUCCAUCAUGCUCCAGCUCUCUCAGCAGCUCUCGGGGAUCAACGCUGUGUUCUAUUACUCGACAGGAAUCUUCCAAGAUGCAGGUGUCAAGGAGCCGAUCUACGCCACUAUUGGUGCAGGCGUGGUUAAUACCAUCUUCACUGUGGUUUCUGUGUUCCUGGUAGAAAAGGCAGGGAGGAGGACGCUACACCUGAUAGGCCUCGGAGGGAUGGCUUUUUGUUCCGUCCUCAUGACGAUUUCUUUGUUAUUAAAGGAUAAUUACGGUUGGAUGAGCUUUAUCUGUAUUGGGGCCAUCUUACUCUUCGUGGCCUUCUUUGAAAUUGGCCCAGGCCCCAUCCCCUGGUUUAUUGUGGCUGAACUCUUCAGCCAGGGACCCCGCCCGGCUGCCAUGGCAGUGGCUGGCUGUUCCAACUGGACCUCCAACUUCUUGGUUGGACUGCUCUUCCCCUCAGCUGCAUUCUAUUUAGGAGCCUACGUUUUCAUUAUCUUCACGGGUUUCCUUGUCAUCUUCUGGGUCUUCACCUUCUUCAAAGUCCCUGAGACUCGUGGCAGGACUUUUGAGGAAAUUACACGAGCCUUUGAAGGGCCGGUGCCGGCGGGUAACCGAGGUGAGAAAGGUCCCAUCGUGGAGAUGAACAGCAUCCAGCCCACGAAGGACACCAACGUCUAAGCAGUGCCUCCUUCCCACCUCCCUCCUGUCAUGAAAAAGCAACCUCUCCCUAAGCAGGGGAGAGACCUCAUCAGGUUGUAACCCAGGACCGUUUCUGAAUGCUGCUACUCAAUUCUUUUCUCAUCCCACACACCCUUGGGCGCUCAGAGGAUCCCAAUGCUGGGGUUAGUUGUUAUCUUCAAAGGCUUUUAAAAUUUUCAUUUCUUGGACAAUCUCUUCUGUUCAGGAGAGACCAAGGGAACCUGCCUUCAUUUCAGGAGGGAUUGGCUGCUUGGCAUAUGACAACUCUGCCAGCUCCUGCUCCCUUAGGCUCUACUAUUGCCUCUCGAGGGCAUCUAGGGGAGUGGGCAUGAGGCUGCAGUUCCUCCGACUUCGACUUACCAGGAAGCAGAUACACGUAAGAAUGUGGAGGGCAGAGAGGGAUUCCAUAAGACCGUCUUCCUCACUUCCAUACGGCUCUGCAGAGCAAACUAACUUGAGUUUUAUUUAUUUGAUCUUCUGGUUUUAUUGCAUAAAUAUUUAUUUUUGUAAGUAUAAAGUAAUUUUACCAAAUAAUAAAAGCAUGAGGAAAUUGAGGUUAGAGGGAGGUGCUUAAAGAGGUUAUGGGGGGAAAAAAAAAAAAGAGGUUAUGGGGUGGAAGAUUUAAUACCGAAGAGGUUAGGGUGCAAUAAGAAGGGACAAAUUCAGGGAGAAAUGUGAUGCAUUGUUGGAGGGUGUAUGACGUGGUGUGUGAGGUUUGCACGUUGCCUCUUAACAAUUUCUGUCCUUCAGGUGAAAACUCAAAUCUCAGAAAAGUCAUGUGCCUGUAUGAAGAAGCUAUUAGUUCCUUUGGAACUUUUUCCUUUGUUUAAGAUUAUAUGUAGUAUUACUUGAAAUCUAGGAUUAUCACUAAGAUGGGCAUUGUAGUUAAUGGUAGUUGAUGGGUUCUAAUUUUGGAUGGAGUCCAGAGAAGGGAUGGUUAUUUCUAGAAAUCCUCUCUCCCCUCACUGGACCAAACGGCCUCUUUGUAGUGAACUCACUUUUUUUUUUUUUUAAUACUCCUAUCAUCUGGUGGGAGAGCCUUCCAAAUGAACAAGCCAAAAUAUUGGUUCUUGGUAGAGGUUUGUUAUUUCUUCAGUUUGUUCUUUAGAAGAUUUUAGAUGUUGAUUUUUAUUUUGUUUUAAGCCAUAGCUUUAAAAGAAUUCAGAGAUGUGCAUAGCUACCUUGGAAUUUGUAACCUCAGCUCUGGGAGAGGAUUUUUCCAGAAAGAUUAUUAUCCAGUUGAAGUAUGUUGUUACAUUAGGGUCAUCUCAUGCUCAUUUAUGUCUGUUACCAUGUCAAGUUACCCUUGUUACCAUGUUACCAUAGUAUUAUGUCAAGUGUCCUUCCAGGGACUUGAACCUUCCCACAGACCACACUUGACAGUAUGCGUGGAUGUGCAGUGGAGCCCACACUUGAGCGUGAGUGUAUGUGCACUGUCACCUUGCUCUGGGUGGAAGUAGUUUAUGGGUAACUUGUUUCCUCUAUGUUCCUAAGGCCCCCUUUUGGAUAGAAUGUCGAUAGCACUGCCUCUGCUGGGUAGAAUUUGAAUCUAUGGUUUUCUUUCAAACUUUAGAGUUCAGUCUUACCUGGCUGCCUUUCCUUUUUGGAGAGGAAGGGGAGAACUCCCUAAAUUUUGAGACUGAGAGUGGAGGACUCACUCCAUGCUCCGGGACUCGGUGCCUCUGGGGGGUGCUGGAGGGGAGUCACAGGGGAGAGGGAGGCAUUCCUUGAAGGCAGUAAGAAACAAACUGAAGCUUCUAAAUUCGGGGCGGUUCAGAGAGUUAGGUGAGAUGGAGGGGUCUACACUUGCCAGAGGCCAUGGACACCUCCACGCCCAUCCAGUUACCCAGUAUUUUUAGAAAUGGAGAUUGGGCCCUUCUUCCCUUUUUCAUAUGUUGCUUGAUCUCCCUCUCCCUCUUUGGUGCUUACAUAUUUCAGGCCCCUUAGCCAAACCCUUGCCUGUUGCCAGGAUUUUGGUUCUAAGUUCUCACCAUUCCCUCUGGUCCUUGAGCCUUUGGAUAAAAACUCACAGAGCCGUGGGGUGGGGCUCUGCUGGAACGGCUGAGUUUCCUCUAACUGCACCUCCACUCUGGCUCCUCAGAACCAGUGGCUCGGCAGUCAUGCAGUGUGGAGGUCUUCCCAUUUCUCAGUGACCAGAUUGUGAAUAAUUUCCAAACGGAUUUUCUAUUAUUGUUACUAUGGUUCUUUGUUUUGAAAUAAAAAUUCUGAAUGUAUAUAUAACAUCACAGGCUUGGCUUUUUUGUUUUGUUUCGGUCCUUCCUGUGACAACAAAAUCAGCUUUAAUCCCAAUGUGGCCACCCAGUACCUGUUGUAACCUUAAGUAAGUUUCUUCUACAAGAGUCUCGUACAAAUGAAAAUAGCAAUACUUGUUUAUUAUGCAGAUGAAAUGGAAAAGCCUUAGCGCAUUGCCUUGCAUACUUAAUAAAUUAUGUUGCUUGCUUUCCCCAGUGAGAAUUCUUCUGAUUUUUCUCUUAUGCUCCUACCUAUUUCCUUUCUCCUCCAGUCUUCAAUCUCUAAAAUUCAUCCUACACUGAUGUCAGGGCAUCCAUAUGACAUAUACAUAUACAUUUAAAUCACUGUCCUGCUUAAAAAUUCUUCAAUAGCUUCCAGUCGGCUACAGGAAAAACAGUCCCCUGGCUUAACAACCCCUCCAGGGGCAAGGUUCCUGCUACCUUUCGUUUCGAUUCACCAUUUCUUUCUUUUUUUGUUUAAUUUUUAUUUUAUAUUGGAGUAUUGUUGAUUAACAAUGUUGUGUUAGUUUCAGGUGUACAGUAAAGUGAUUCAGUUAUACAUAUGUAUUCUCUCUCUCUAUAUAUAUAUAUCCCCAUUCUUUUUCAGAUUAUUUUGCCAUAUAGGUUAUCGCAGAAUAUUGAGUAGAGCUCCCUGUGCUCAACGGUAGGUCCUUGUUGAUUAUCUAUUUUAUAUACAGUAGUGUGUGUAUGUUCAUCCCAAGCUCGUCAUUUGUCCCCCUCCCCGCCACCUUUCCCUUUUGGUAACCAUAAAUUUGUUUUCGAA